AUGCUUUCGCCCAUUGUGGGCGACCUCAGCGCCGUGAUCCUGAACCCCUUCUCGCGUGGCUCCGUCACCAUCUCGAGCGCCAACAUCGCCGACCCUCCCGUUCUCGACAUGGGCUGGCUGACGGACACGGUCGAUCCCGAGGCCGCCGUGGCCGCCUUCAAGCGCCUGCGCGAGGCAUGGAGCGCGCCUGCCACCAAUGCCGUCAAAGUGGGUGGCGAGACCCGGCGCGGCCCGGCGGUGCAGUCCAACGCCGACAUCCCGGCCUGGGUCCGCGCCAACGCAAUCCGAUCUGGCACGCCUCGGCCACCAACGCCAUGA